UAAGCCAAUUUCUAUACGUGUCGUGAAGGAAUAUCCCCCCAAAACUCGAUUGCUAAUUACUUGCGUCACCUGGAGGAACUUGUAUAGAGAGAGAUAUACACCUUUGAACGAGAAAACUAAGAACACCCCCUUCAGAAUUCGUCCUUAAUCAGGUGGUGGUGUUUUACUGCUUUUUCUUGAACAUCUAUUUCAUGGCAAGAUUGAUGAAGAGCUCUUUCAAACAAGAGAAUGACUUUGGUAAGCGACACGCCGAGGCUGCGAGGAUCAGGGAGAAGUAUUCUGACCGAAUUCCUGUAAUUGUGGAAAAGGCUGAUAGAAGCGAUAUCCCUAAUAUUGAUAAGAAAAAAUAUCUUGUUCCAGCUGACUUAACAAUUGGGCAGUUUGUUUAUGUCAUACGCAAGAGAAUCAAACUCAGUGCAGAGAAAGCAAUCUUCAUAUUCGUGGAUAAUGUCCUUCCGCCUACAGGGGCAAUAUUGUCUACCAUAUAUGAUGAGAAGAAGGAUGAAGAUGGGUUUCUGUAUGUGACAUACAGUGGGGAGAAUACAUUUGGGAUGAAGAUUGAAGAUGGACUGACUGACUGACUGAUUUCUCAGUAACCAAGUAAAUAAAAAACCGAAACUUCUCUUCUUACUUUGUGGAUAUAUAUAUUUCAUCAUGUAAAUUACUUGAUCUCUAAGUGCUACGGCAUUUACAUACAUUACUUGGAAACUUUAUUCAAUGUCAAUAAAUAUAUCCUCUUUUCAUAAA